UACCGACAUGGUCUGGGUUCGAAUCCCAGUUCGGGCUAUCUACAUUUUUCUCAAUUUAUCUGUAAAAUGUCUUAUUGAGAAGGUUGAUUGUAAGCUUAGGUUUCACUAUAUCGCGUGCCAAAAAGUAAAAGGACAUUGCUACAGGUUAGUAGGGAAUUAUGCUAAAAGACGCAUAAAAAAAUUUUUUUUUGCCAUUAGUUUUAAAAUUUUUUGAAACGCAAAGAUCUGUAAAAAAAAAAAAAUUGGGCAUCCUUAAGCUAAAAGUUAUAAUUCAGUGAAUUGUGACCCAUUGAUUGUAACCAAUUUUAUUUGCCACGAAAUUGAGUUUACCUACCGGAUGUUACUCCCCUUUGACUUCUAUUUACUUCCUCAAACCCGUGUAUUCUUUUCUUUUUUUCUUGACUUCGACGCCGCUCGACGACCCUAGAAAAUAAAAUGAACAUCAAAAAAAAAGAACCGACAAUAAAUUACAACAAUUCAAACAGUUACAAAUCGUAACACUAAAUGAUUAUUUGACUUUUGUACAUCAAAGGCUCACAUUUGUACAGAAGUUAAACGCAGUUGAAUAUCAUGCGCUCGUUUAACUCAGUGACAAGUCUUAUAAUCGAUAGAUUGAAUUGUCUUUGUAGAAACUCUGAAGACUGCCGAAGACUGAGGGCUCCAAGUUGACGCAGUCGAUUCGCGCAGCUCAUAAAUAAUCUUAUUUAUUAUUAACUUGCUUUCUACAAUAUACGGUGAAUUGCCCCUUAUUACACAAUUACGCAAUUUGCAUAAUUUUUGUCAGCGUCGAUUAUUAUAAUGACAAAUUUUCAAAAUUUACGGCGACGAAUAUUUAAAAUCCGAGACAAUGCACUAGACACUCUGACGUCUGCGGACGAUUUACUGGUGACUAGACCAGACUUAUUUUCAUACGAUGCAAGUCUUGGAAUUGAACUUCUCUCUCCUCAGUAUUCUUGGAGUCUGGAAACCUCGACAUUGGCAUGGAAUAAAAGCAAUUUUUUAUCAUAUUUACCGAUCGAUUGUAGUAAUAAUCAACCACUUUCUCUUACUGUCCGGGAUCUUGGACCUCGAAUUCAAAAAUGUUGAUCUCGAUGCCUUUGUCGAUAACUUGUCGUUGAUCUUCGCAAUGAUCGUCGUCCGCCAGAAAGUCAUCUGCAUGAUUGAGAAUCGCUCAAGCAUUGCUUAUGUCCUUGACUCGCUCGGAAAAGGUCCUUUUAAACUCCGAGAUCAUCAAGAGGAAGUCAUUUUCAAGCGAUUCACUGACUUUAUAAGAAACAUUAUCAUUUAUUAUCCAUUAGUAAUUAUGAGCACACUCAUGACAUAUUCUGCAGGGCACAUGUCUGUCAUGGAGUCACCGAACGUUCUCCCGUACAACGGGUGGUUUCCCUAUAAUUACUCGCGCACAAAUAAACUCUACUGGGUGACGGCUGUCUAUCAACUUUACUCUGUAUUCAGCAUGUCGACUAUUUAUUUGAUACUAGACUUGUUGCUACCCUGCAUAAUGUGCUACAUGUGUGGGCACAUUCACAUUCUGAGAUAUAGGUUUAGAGUAAUGACAGAAAAAUUGAAAAUUAUGGUAGAAAAUAAUAAUCCACAGGAUGAAAUAAUAAUCGCUGAACGUAAAAUGAUGGCCGAGUGGGUCAACUAUCAUAUUGAUAUUUUGAGUUUAGUUAAAUUUAUCAAUGAAAUAUUCUCAAGCGUGAUAUUUGUGCAGUAUACUGUAAGCUCACUUCUCCUUUGCACAAUCGCGUAUCUGCUGUCACACACAAAACCGGCGACGAUGAGUUUCGCUGGUAACUUUGCAUUUAUAACUGCAAUGUUUUUUCAAAUAUUAUUGCCGUGUUAUUGUGCUGAUAAGUUGACUAUCGAGUUUUCAGAUAUAUCUACGGCCAUAUAUGAUUCGAAUUGGUAUUACUUGAGUAACAAUAUUCGCAGAUCAGUUGUAGUUAUUCUUCGUCAAUCUUACCGACCUGUUGCAAUGACAAGCAGCUUCUUCAUAAUUUUGUCCCUUGAAUCCUUCACCAAGUGAAAUGUUAAAUAUAUCUAACGAUAGUUGAUAUUAGAAUGAACAAAAAUAUUUACCGAAAGUAUGGAACGCGUAAUACGACAAUCAAGGAAUCAGCAGAUGUCGAGAUUUUUAGGACCUACGAAGCUGUUUUCCUUACCCUUGUAAUUUUGAGGACGCUGUGAAAUCGCUGUAAAGAAGCGGUUGAAAUGCUUUUUGAAGACGGCGUUUUUUGUGCAGUCGCGACACCAGAGUCGCAACGCGUUUUCGCGAUGUUUGUAUGGUUUUUUUACGUUGUUGUCACGGUCUUUUUACGACCAAGAAGAAAAAAA